CGUCGGGGCUCCGCAGCUCGACCCUGCAGAGAGGCGGAUUAGGAGAACUUGGCCUCUCAGGUGGGGACCGAGACUGGCUUCCCUGUAUCGACGACUUAGCGCGGUGUCGUGCGGCGGGCAGGCGGAGAUCUGGCGGUGAGCUGUGAGGUGCCGGGCCGCCACCGCUGAGCUUGGGCUCGCAGGUUACUCAGUGUCUGAAUUUUCCAGCUGCAGAAUGUGUAGUACCUUAAAAGGUUGGCAGUAAUGAGUCAAUUGGAAUUAAAGGAAGACAAGAUGCUGGAGGUUCGAUUUGUGGGAGAUGAUGAUGUUCUUAAUCAAAUUCUUGACAGAGAAGGAGGAGCUAAAUUAAAAAAGGAGCGACCUCAGCUUUUGGUCAACACAAAAAAAAUAAUAAAGAAGCCUGAAUAUGAUCUGGAGGAAGAUGACCAGGAAGUCUUAAAAGAUCAGAAUUAUGUGGAAGUUUUGGGAAGAGAUAUUCAAGAAUCAUUGAAAAAUGGCUCUGCUACACAUGGUGGGAAUAAAGUUUAUUCUUUUCAGCAUAGAAAACACCCUGAAAAGAUGGCUAAAUUAGCUUCAGAACUAGCAAAGACACCAAGGAAAAAUGUCUCAUUUGCUUUGAAGAACCCUGAAAUUAUAAACAUUCCUCAAAGUAGCAAGGGGCAUUCUACUUCUGACAAAGUUCUGCUGAAGAACAACGACAAAAGUGAAUUUCUGUCAACACCUCAUAGUCUAAGAAAAAGAUUAAUAGUUCCAAGGUCUCAUUCUGAUAGUGAAAGUGAAUAUUCUGCUUCUAACUCAGAGGAUGAUGAAGGAGUUGCACAGGAAUGUGAAGAGGACGCUAAUGCAGUCAUGUUCAACCAACAGAUUCAAUCUCAGAAUAGAGUAGUUUCAGCACCUGUUUGCAGAGAAACACCUUCUAAGAAAAUGAAAAGAGAUAAAACAAGUAAAUUAGUGGAAGAAUAUUUUGAAGCUCACAGCAGUUCAAAAGUUUUAACCUCUAAUAGAACGCUCCAGAAACUAAAGCGAGCUAAACUGGAUCAGGAGACUUUACGUAACUUAUUGCGUAAGGUUUCGCCUUCCUUUUCUGCUGAACUUAAACAACUAAAUCAACAAUAUGAAAAAUUAUUUCAUAAAUGGAUGCUGCAAUUACACCUCGGGUUCAACAUAGUACUUUAUGGUUUGGGUUCUAAGAGAGACUUACUAGAAAGGUUUCGGACCACCAUGCUGCAAGAUUCCAUUCAUGUUGUCAUCAAUGGCUUCUUUCCUGGAAUCAAUGUGAAAUCAAUCCUGAAUUCUAUAACAGAAGAAGUCCUUGAUCAUAUGGGUACUUUCCGAAGUGUGCUGGAUCAGCUAGACUGGAUAGUAACCAGAUUUAAAGAAGAUUCAUCCUUAGAACUCUUCCUUCUCAUCCACAAUUUGGAUAGCCAAAUGUUGAGAGGAGACAAGAGCCAGCAAAUCAUUGGACAGUUAUCAUCUUUGCAUAACAUAUACCUUAUAGCAUCCAUUGAUCACCUCAAUGCUCCCCUCAUGUGGGAUCAUGCAAAGCAGAGUCUUUAUAACUGGCUCUGGUAUGAAACUACUACAUAUAGUUCUUAUACUGAAGAAACCUCCUAUGAGAACUCUCUUCUGGUUAAACAAUCUGGAUCCCUUCCACUUUGUUCUCUGAUGCACGUCUUACGAAGUCUUACCCCUAAUGCAAGGGGCAUUUUCAGGUUACUGAUAAAGUACCAGCUGGAUAACCAGGAUAACCCUUCCUACAUUGGACUUUCUUUUCAAGAUUUUUACCAGCAGUGUCGGGAGGCGUUUCUUGUCAAUAGUGAUCUGACGCUCCGGGCCCAGUUAACUGAAUUUAGGGACCACAAGCUUAUAAAAACAAAAAAGGGAACUGAUGGAGUGGAGUAUUUAUUAAUUCCUGUUGACAAUGGAACAUUGACUGAUUUCUUGGAGAAGGAAGAAGAGGAGGCUUGAAGCUUUCCUUUACUCGUGAACCUUCCAUGGGAGGCUUGUUGUAUCCCAGCUGCCACUCCUCUAGUUGAAAGCGUUGUGUUUACACCUGAAAUUAGAUUAUUUUUCCAGCAUACAAGAUCUAAAAUGGGGGGGGGUGUCAUCAAUUAAAACUUUUGAUCAGCCUGGCUGGUGUGCCAUCUCUAGUACUAUGCAGCGUCUUCAAGUCGGAGAAAAUGUGCCUUUCGUACCUUUCUGGAGACUUCUUGCUGGAAUGAACAGUGUGCUCAGGGACUAUUUGGAACUGGAUGUUUUUGAAUUUUUAUACUAGAGAUAUUAUUCCUAAUUUUUUGAGGGACUUUUAAACAUCCCCCAAGCUGAUUGUUUGCAGGUGUGCUUGUUCCAGGGUAAAGACAUGAGCCUCACAGGUGUCAUCUUGAUCUGCUGUUCUGUGUGUUGGAACCAAUGGGUGUAAUGCAGAAGGCAGAUCAUUUCUUCCUGUUUCUCAAACAACAAAGGUAUAGAUUGGGAAGAAGGGAGUGAGCCAACUUUAUCUUUCUGGAUUUAGGCUAUGUACUUGAUCAGGAGUGGAGGAAUACCACACUAAUCAGUUGAGACCGUGGGAAAAACAUAAGGAGUACAGAGGGUAGAUACCCAACCUAGAAAGCACAUGAACAGCAGAUCAUGGUAUCUGGAACAGUUAAUGUCUGUGCCAUGACCGCCAUGAUGAGUGAGAAGCCAGGCUAGCGAAAUGAAAUCCUGAAUUACAUCCUGGUACUUGUUUUCAAGACAGCAGAAAAUAAGAACACUCCAUUAUUCUUGUAUAUUGACAUUUUCUUUUCUUGAAUAACAUGCAGGUGAGUAGCGUAUUAAUGGCUGGCUGUAAAUUAACCUUGAUUCUUCUGUCAAGCAGACCUAAAACUCACUGUAAGAUAUUUCAGUUUUUUACUUAAAGUGAUGGUUUCAAGUCUCCUAAAUAUUUGCACAAACCUUUUUUCUUAGGAAAGAAAAAAAAAAUCUAACCUUGGCCACUGUUGUCAGCUUCUAGUCUUCACAUACCCCCUGAAAUAUUUCACCCUUGGAAAUGAAAUUCUUCCUGAAAAUAUCACUGCAAUAAAAUAUGUUCUGCAUCA